UUGGCAUGCGUGGGUUUAGCAGAUUUGGGGCGAGUUUGUACGUUACAUCACCGUUGCAGUUCUCCUAUUGCUUUAUUGUAUUGCAAUAAUCGCCUUACACUCCUAAGAGCAGCGGAAUCAGGACUAUCUUGGUGACUGAUUUGCAAACUCCGUGUCAGAACUGUGUGCACCGGCUGGUCACAGACGUGGGUUAUAGAGGAUUUACUAUUCCCCAGCUUUGCAUCUACUUAUUGGCCCCGUUAGCUUCUCAGAUUGAGCCUCCCCAACCUCGACUAGACGCUAAGGGGCGAAAACUCAGAAAAGCACUUUACUCUUUCCUGGCGAGGCUUCCAGAGGAGCAAGAAUAGCGACGUGAUUAUGUCUACAGUCCUAUAGAGAUUGGUCCCUCUGUCUUCCCCUCACAAUUGUGACCUGUUAAUGUUCCCGUGUUGUUUAAUGCCAAGAUGAGUGAUCGCUAUUUAGAACAAAGGAUAAGUAUCAAAUUUUGCGUAAAAUUGAACAAGUCUGCAAGUGAGACCCACCAUCUUUUAAAAGAAGCCUAUGGGGAUGAAGUCAUGUCAAGGGCCCGGGUUUUUGACUGGCACAAAAGGUUUAAAGAAGGGCGGGAAGAUGUUCGAGAUGAUGCACGAAGUGGUCGUCCUGUCACCCACAGGACAGAUGAAAAUAUCCAGAAGGUCAGGAAUUUGGUUUGUUCAAACAGGCAGUUAACAGUGAGGAUGAUGGCUGAAGAGUUAAAUUUAGAUAAAGAAACCGUUAGACUCAUUCUGAAAGAAAACUUAAAUAUGAGGAAGAUUUCUGCCAAAGUUAUAUCAAGUAUUUUGAAGGAUGAAUCUAAACCUGGAAAACUUGAGUUUCAGUCUGAUCUUUCAAAGAAAACUAGGAAAAAUAGCUCAUUGGUGAGGAAGAAGGCAACAAGUUCUGAAACUUGGAGUCAUUUGCAGAGAGCAGCUGGUGGGCAAAUGCCUCACCCUGUAGCCCAUCACAAAAUCCACCGUCCUGCCAGCCAGCUUCUGCAGGCCUCAUCUUCAGCAAGCCUUUCCACCUGGUUGGCUCAAGAUUGGUUCACACCAUGGUGAAAUGAAAGGAACCCGAGGUCGCUGAGCCUGAGCCAGGAAGCUACCUUAUGGUUGGACCCCUUCAUUUGCUGCUCAUCUGCUUUCAGUCCUUACCAUUUCUCCAUACUUAUCAUGGCCCUCCUAUUUAUUCUGUGAUGGACUAUGGAGCCAUCUUCCUUACUAUUCACCACUUUGAAGUGCUUUUGACUGUUAACUUCUUUUUGUACUGGGGAUUGAACUUGAGUCCUUGCGCUUGUGGGACAGGUGAUGGAACCACUGAGCUAAAUCCCCAGCCCAACUGUUGACUUCUGAUAUUUGCUUGUUCUUGAUUUCUUUUGCUCAACACAUUUGGAUUUCUUCACUGCCCACAUCUCACCUUGUUAUGGCUGUGCUGUUCCUUCUGCUUCAGGGGGUCAUCUAUAUCUCUGUUCCCAGGGAGGCGUGGUCUUCGGGAAGGACCCCAAAAGAAAGCCUACAGUUUCAACCUGCUUUAUAUUCAGGGCCUGAGGUAUAGUACAAAAGACAGUAGCAUGCUGACAUAUUGAGCAGUGCUGGGCCUAAGGGGUGGCCUGGCCAAAAUGAUUGGGGGAGCCCCUCAGAACUCAGGGAUUGGCCACCAAUACUAAUCUUCUCCAAGACACCCCCCCACACAGCCACACACAUUGAAGAACUGAAUUUGUUUCGUUUUAGUCCUCUGCUUUGGAUCCCCACAUUUGAGUAUCCCCUCUGCUGGAAGAGGAGGAUCUGACCUAGAAAAAAGAUAAAACAGGGGACCCAGGCCAAGACUGUGUUGUGUGCGGAGAAAGACCAGGUGAUCCUUCAUAUCCUAAAUUAAGGCAGCCUGCAGUCUGUACCAAUUCCUGCACAGGAACCUGUUUUUAGUAACUAACAUCGAUGCUGUCAUAGUGUCAGUGUGCUUUGAGCACCUGCAGUUUUUAGAAUACUCGUGGAGAUUGAUGAGAUCACCAAGGGCAGAUGGACUGCAUGGAGGAGGUGGUUGUUGAAUGGAUGCAUGCGGAAGGGUGAGACAAAGGGCUACAAGACUAGGGAAAGCUUCCCAGCAGAUGAAACUUGAAUCCUGCUCAGUAGAAAAUGAUGACACUAUUGGCUAAAAUGGCAAAGUCUAAAGAGGAAGAUAGUGCUGUUGAAGAUGAACAGUUUGGGAUAAUUUGCUUCCUCUCCUCUGGCCCUGCCAAUAUUUUAUAAAUUGCUUCUCCUGAGUCUAUUUACGGAAUGGAACUUUUCCCAAGUGGCUUUCAAAUAACACCACAUAGACUGGAAACAUCUCAGAGUACCUGAUAGGAAUCAGGAAGAAAGGAGGAGUCCUGAGAGAACUUACUUCUGGAUUUUACUGCAGUCCAAUGUGUAGGACUGGAGUGACCCUGACAGUGAUACAAGACCAAGACCAAUGUCAGUGUUGAUCUUCCUCCCCAACGUCAUCCACAAUCUGGUUCAGAAUCCACAUGGAAUGUUAUAUGCCACAGCUGAAAGUCUAAGAGGAAUAGACUCCUAGGGAUGAUUAUCUCAUUGAUUUUAUUUAAUUCUCUCUCUCCCUUAUCACCCGCCCUACUUUGCUCACCUCUCUAAUAGUGAUCAAUAAGAGCAAAAAUAAAAUGUUAACCAAAUCACUGACUUAGGAAAACAUGAGGAUGAUUCUGCAGUCCUGAAUUCUCCCUCUGUCUCUGAGCAGAAAUGUGAUCUUUUAGGGAGACUGUAUGCCUGGGGACUACUUUCCAGAGCCUUCCUUACAGAUCCAUUUGUUAGUCCACAUUUGCCUUUGGAAAUGCUUGGAUAAAUCUGGAUGCUAAAUGACUUGAGGAAAGUUAGUAAAGAAGUGCAGUACUAAGGGGAAACUGCCUGUCACUGGAUCACAUAGUUCUGCCUGUCCUGCUUGGAACUGAGUCACUGCUCAGUUUGCUUAUCCUCUGCAGAUGUCAUCAUAAGCAAAUCUCACUAAGAUACUUGGGAUUGAGUCUCACCAAGGUCCCAUCUAGCUCAAUUAGUAAGAAACUCCCUUUGCUCUUGAACUGUUAAGUUACUCUACAUUCUCCAACUUCUGCUUCAGUUGGACCAGCUCUCCCAUGAUUUACCAGGCUUUUACAUCUUAUCUGAGGUAACCACAGUAUAUUUAUGUUUUCCAGUCUCUGCCUUAUCAGAUCUUUGCAAUCACCCUUCUCCCACUGUAAUAUCCAGAAAAAUCUAGUGGAGAGUUCCAAACCUCCAAGGACCACUUGGGUCUAGUCUAAGGGUCAGCAAAUCUGUAAAGGGAACACGCUUGGCUUUAUGAGCCAUAUGGUUUCUAUUGCAGCUGCUCGACAUUUUAGUGCAAAAGCAGACAUAGCUAUUAUGGAAACAUGAACAUGGCUGUGUUCCAAUAAAACUUUAUAAGUGGAUACUAGAAUUUGAAUUUCAUAUAGUUUCUACAAGAUAUUUUUAAAAAAUUUCCCCCCCAGCCAUUUAAAAAUAAAAAACACCCAGGCAUGGUGGCACGUAUCUGUAAUCCCAGCACUUGGGACACUGAGGCAGGAGGAUUGCCACGAGUUUGAGGCCAGCCUGGGCUACAUAAUGAGACAACCCCCCCCCCCCAAAAAAAAACAUUUUAAGCCUGUCAACCAUACAAAAAUAGGCAGUGGGCAAGAUUUGGCACAUGAGCCAUAGUUUGCCAAUCCCUGAUGUAGUGUAUAUACAGUAUGCCUAUAAAAAUGACAGGUGAUUGAUCAUUUUCCAUCAAUAACAUUGUUAAUGCCAAGUUGAUCUGGCAAUGUCUGGCAAUUUACAAUAUAGGACUUGUGGAAUAUUGGAAGGAAUCUUUAUGAGGCCAGGAAAGUAAACUAGAGCUGAAAAACUGAUUGGCUGUUGUACUUUGACCGUAUUCUGGUUCACAAAAUGAGUUCUGUGCUGCUUUUGAUUAAAAAUGUUACACAACUACUACCUACAUUAUUACCGUGUAAUAUCUCAAAACCUAUUUCAGCAAUAUUGAAAAUGGUGCCAAGUUGUAACCAACAAUAAUAUAAUUAACUAAUCGUAGUUCCAAAUGCCUUGAUUAUGGGCAGCAUUUGAAUAAGUUUAUGUUAUCACCUAUUAAAAUGUGUACUAGGUGAUAAAACUCAAUGAAAACUUUUUUUUGCAUGCUUGUACCUUGUAACUGGUGUCAAAGCAUGUCCUUUUAGGUAUGUCCUAAAGUGACCUUUAUUGUGUUACCUUCAUUUAAAUUGAUUUUCCCAAGUUGUAAUAGAAUCCUAGAUUGAGCAGACCAUGUUUCCCUUGAGCCAGGAUUGAUUUAAACCCUACAGUGAGUGAAUGCUUGCUGAAAGAAGAUUCUGUGUUAAUUCACUCAAGUGUUACUGAUUGCGUAUAUGUGCCUGAAUACAGCACUGGACAAAACAGACACAGGCCUUAGAUAUGACUGCCUGAAAUCUAAUUACAUUACUCUUAACAUGCAAAACUUCUGUUCCAUGUGCUCACACUAGGUCAUUGCUAACCACACCUGAAAAUCGAUAUGACCUUUGCUGUAUGCCUUUGUGCCGUGGUCAUGAUGCCUGUCCAACAGGAUUAAUAAUUUGAGGACUGUAUAUUCCACUUAAAUUUUAUUAUCCUUUACACAAAUCUGUAUUGGUAGAAAAACAUACUGGCAAUGAUGAAAGUGUAAAUUGGCAACAGCUUUCUGAAAAACAAUUUGGCAGUAUCUCUUAGGAGCUUUAAAAAUAUAUCUUCUGAGCCUCUAAUUCCACUUCUGGGAAUCUGUCCGAAAGAAAUAGCCUAAAAUGUGGGGAAAAUUUAUGCUUAAUAAUCUAAAACUCCAACAGCGGAAAAUUGGUUAAAUAAAUUAUAUUAUGACUGUACAAUAGACUAGUAUGUGGUUAUCAUAAUGAAUGUUUAUAGAGUAUUUAACAGCAUGGCAAAAAUGCUUAUGAUGUUUAGUGAAAUGCAUGAUACAAAAUUGUGUAUAUUCAUCCAGAAAAUGUGUUUUAAAUUACUAGAAAGGACAUGCGAACUCUAGGUGGCUGAAUUAUGAGUGUUCUAAAUUUUUUCCUGGUUUUUAUGCUUUAAAGAAUAUUUCUCCAAACUCUUUUACUUUUAUUAUCAAUUUUUAAAAAAUAGUAUCGAAAGUUGGCAAUGGAGAAUUGAGGCCACAUCACUAGUUUGAUUUAUAAGUAAUUAACUGGCUGGUCAACAUGGAGGGUAUAUGAUAUUUGUGUUGGUGGCAAGAGUGAGACAGAAGGGGAAAGAACCUGUCUCAGAGAAGAUGUGACCAGAAUCCCUGUUUAAAACCAAAGUGGUUGUGAGAAAGUACUGUGAUUGGCAUGCUCCUUUUAUGUUGUCCUAGGUAGCUAAAAGAAUACUGGUACUUAUGAGUCAAGUAUACUCUGAAAAAUGGAAAAGGAUAUGAAAUUCUCUCGGGUAAAAUUAGCCUCCUUUGGAUUUCACUCUCACAUUCUGUCAUACAAGCUGAAUUCUUAAGAUGGAUUUUUAUUAUAGUUGAUUCUCUGAAGAAUUCUUGAGCCUUUCAUAUUUCUUUAGCGUAGGAAUAGCUUUCAAUGUGUCAAGUCUACCUCCUCCCAUACUGGGACAUUCAGGCAACAUGGAUGUACACUGUAGUAUUUAUGUUCUACAUUGAGAAUACUGCAUGCAAAUCAUUAGUUAUCUUAAUGUUGUAAUUUAAAAUCAAGGUUUGCAACUAUUAAUUUGUUGGUGUCCAGAAUUACUGUAUUUUUUGUCUGAAGAGUAAGCAUGUUGUGGAAUUUCAAAGUGAAAAAUUAUGUAGCUAAUGUCUACCCAUAGAUGAAAUUUUUAUCUUCGAAAAAUGUAUACUUAAAUGUUGCUUUAGUAAAAUGAUCAUCAUUAAAGUGCUAAAUAUAUCUUUUCAGUGACAUUUCAAGUUUUCAAAUAAAUAUGCAAGGUGAAUACAUGGUUUAUAGACAUAUAGAUUGUAGAUUUAUCAAGCUAGAUAUUUUAGAUCUAGUCAAGAUCUAAAAUGUUAACCCCCUUGUUAUAGGAAGAACAAAAGAGUGAGGUUUGGGUUUUAGUUCUGGUUCCUUUACUAGCUUUGUGACAAGGCAGUUCAUUUGCACCCUCUGAGUGCUUCAGUUUACUCAUCUAUGAGGAAAAUAAUGUAGUUAUUCAAUUUUCCAUUCAGCAAAUAUUGAGUACUUAUGUGUGUCUCACACUGUUCCAGAUAGAGCAUAUAGCAGUAAACAAGGGAAAAAAAGAAUUCCUCCAAAUGGGCAUACAUUUAGAUAAGGGAGACAGAUAAGCAAUAAGAUAAAUGAGUCAAAAUAUAGUAUGUUAGUGAUUGUUAGGUGUAAGGCUUAUAGUAAAUAAUGUAUAUGAAAUACAUAGCACAAGACCUGACAUGUAGCAAAUUCUCCACAGAUAAUAAUUGCCUUUGCUUCCUCAGUCUUUCUGACGGUUCCUGAAUUACUCUACAAAAUGGUAGUAAUCAUCAAAAGACUUAACUGUUUAUUGUCUUUUAUCUACUGAUAGUUAAUAAGACCUAAACUUGUUUUUGCUUAAGAAAACAAAGGAAUUCUUACACUUAGGUUUUGUACUUCCUGUAUGGCAGAUUAAUCAAGGUGGCACCUAUAUACUGUUCUAAAUGAACUUUUCUGGAGCCAGUUGGCAGGCACCCUUUUGUGGGGCUGGAUGGCAGGCAUUAGGUCCAAAGCCAAUUGCAUAGUGUCAUUGCUUUUUCAGCAGAAUAAACUAGAAGACUUGAAUGACUAUUUCUUAAUGAAAAGCUGUGUGCCCUUUUCCCUGUGCCAGACAUUGGAGAACUGAGCAAAGUUUGCAGUAUUAGGAGAUUAGCUACUGCAUUAUUUAUGGGUGACCAGGGCAUUGACAAAAAGCCAGGAAAAGGAGGGUUUAACACUUGUGUUUUGUUGAUAUUUUUGCUCAUGGUAGAAAAUUCAAAAAGUUCAGAAAUGUUUAAAGCAGCAGCCAGAAGUUCACCCCUAGUAUUUGAAUCUUUCACCAGACCCAUCUCUGUGCCUCAGCUCCCUUCUUGGAAAAUAUCCAGUAAAUAGUCACUUUCUAAAUUCUUUUAUUGAGCCUAGACCUGUACUAGGCACAGAGGCUACAAUCUUUGCUCGUAGCCAGUGUCCAAAUUUGUGAGAUAGGGAAAGAAGGGCCAGAGGUGAUGAGAUGCACCAAGAAUAAACUCCUUACUACCUUAUAAUGUCAGUCUUCACACAGGGCCAAUCUAAGGAAGCUUUUGUUUGUAAAGAAUUUUGAACUUAAAGUUGGAGUCAUCACUGAGGGUGAUUGUGGAAAUGAGAAAGUGAUGUAUGUAAAAACAAAAUGCACAGCACAACGGUAACUGGUCUACUGGGUUUCUACCUUUAGUCCUCUUACGUAGGGCCUGGAGCACUGUUCACAAGGAUUUUGUUUAGAAUAAACCAAAUCUUCCUCUUGGAAGAAACUGAACAUUAGCUUGUGGGUACCUCUGUAUCUUGCUUUAAGAACUAGUAAGUGAAAAUUCAGAAUUACAAUGCAGCUUUGAUGAGGAAAUUGGCCCAGAAAGGUUGAAGGACUUUUUUGAAUCACACAUGUAGUUAGUGGGAGAGCCAGGAUAAUAAUGAAGGACCUUGAGCCUUACUCAAUCCAGUAAAUUUUUUCUGUUAUGCCAUUGGUAAUAAUUACCUUUACUAAAAUGCUAAUUCUUAAUACAUCUUUUAAAAUAGUGCUCACCAUUGCAUUUAACAAAUGAUUUACCAGUAGUUGAUUUAUAUACAAUUUUUAAGAAACAUUUAUAGGAUAGAACAUUGUACAGAGUGUUUUUCUAAAUUUCCCUGGGGUGUCCACAUCCCCUGGUUCUCCUUCCAGGGUGUGUAUUCAUAAGUAAAUGUUGGCAUUCUGUUAUUCAUUUUUUCCAGAUGUUCUUCCUAAGUAGUGUGUUAUGUUUUGUGUUUUUAAUAUUUCUCAUAUGAAUUUUAAAAAUCUGGAUACAUAAAUCUUAAUAAAGCUCUUAACUAUC